GAAGAUUUUAUCCAAUGACAACUACCUAAUUUAACAUGCAUGCCAUGUUUUCAAUGUAGGAUUUCUAUCUGGCACUGUAAGCAAACGCAUGUUAGCAUGAAGGAAAGAGGAAGAGAGGACGAAUUAUUAGUUUGGGAGGAGACUAUUUAGGGGUUUCCACUAGCUAGCACAGCCACAAAGUUAAAAUUGGCUAUAUCGUAAAAAAAAUAUCGAAAACAUAAUUGGUGUUAAUGUAAGGUCAGGCAUAAGGUUAUCACUGUGGUUAAGGUUAGGUUUAACAUCUAAUUUUAAGGAGACAAAUUGUAGAAAUAUGUGGUGUUUAUGACUUUGUGGCUGUAGUAACGACCGGUUGACGGGGAUUCCAAUCAAAAAAUGUCUUGGAGACAGAUAUUCCACACCAGCUGCGUGGUGCUUCUGGUACAGCUGCUCUGUCUGGAGGCAGUGCCCAUCAGUCUGGACAAGACCAAGGUGAACCAGCUGGAGGACAAAGCCUCAGAGCCAUCACCAAGUGUGGACACUGGACUCCACUAUGACCGUUAUCUCAGGGAAGUCAUUGAUUUUCUGGAAAAAGACCAGCAUUUCAGAGAGAAGCUCCAUAACACAGAUAUGGAGGACAUCAAGAUGGGGAAGCUGGCCAAAGAGCUGGACUUUGUCGGCCACCAUGUAAGGACACUACUGGACGAGCUAAAAAGGCAGGAGGUUAGCCGGCUACGGACACUGAUCAAAGCCAAGCAAGACAUCGAAGGAGGGAACGAUAUGGCAGUAGACCACCAAGCUCUGCUGAAACAGUUUGAGUACCUGAACCACAUGAAUCCUCACACCUUUGAAGUGGAGGAUCUGGACAGACUCAUCAAAUCAGCCACAAACGAUCUGGAGAACUAUGACAAGGAGCGCCAUGAGGAGUUCAAGAAGUACGAGAUGACGAAAGACCAUGAGCGAAGGGAACACCUCAAGACUCUAGACGAUGGAGGGAGGAAGAGGGAGGAAGAACAUUACAAGGAGAUGAAGAAGAAACAUGCAGACCAUCCCAAAGUCAACCAUCCAGGCAGCCAGAAUCAGUUCAAAGAGGUGUGGGAGGAAGCAGAUGGUCUUGACCCUGAAGAUUUUGACCCCAAGACCUUUUUCAAGCUGCAUGAUUCCAAUGGAGAUGGCUUCUUCGAUGAGCAGGAAUUGGAGGCAUUGUUUACCAAGGAGCUGGAGAAGAUCUAUGAUCCUACCAAUGAAGAAGACGAUAUGGUGGAGAUGGAGGAGGAGCGCCUGCGUAUGAGCGAGCACGUCAUGAACGAGGUGGACACCAACAAAGACAGACUGGUCUCCUUAGAAGAGUUCCUGAUUGCCACAAAGAAAAAGGAAUUCCUGGAACCAGAUAGUUGGGAGACCUUAGAGCAGAACCAGGCCUACACAGAUGAGGAGAUGAGGGAGUUUGAGGAGCACCUGACCCAGCAGGAAGAGGACCUCAAACAGAAAGCAUCAGACCUCCAGAAACAGAGGGAUGAGUUGGAGAGGCAACAGGAACAGCUCAACUCACAGAAAGUAGAGCUUCAGCAGGCAGUAGAACACAUGGAACAGAUGAAAACCCAGAAAGUUGAGCCCCCUCCAGAGGUUCAUGUAGAAGGGAAUGCUAUCCCAGAGCCACGAGGAGAGUACCAUCCUUUGCCCCCGGGCCACCAAGAUAUGUUCCAAAACCACCCAGGUAUGAAGCAAGACAACCACUUCCAGAACCAAAUACCCCACAACACCCAGGAUUUGUCCCAACCACGACUCCAGGAUCUGCCCCCAGGCCAUCAGGCAGUGCCAUAGGGCCAACAUGACUUACCAUGUCAUGUUGCCAUAGGCCCCCAUCAGAACCAGCCCACUCAACCCCAGCUGUCAGAUGAAACUAUAAACACCUCUGGCUCCAUGGCCCCCCACCCACAGACCUUUGCACACUGGACUGGAGGUAUAUAAGUACUGUGGAGGUCCCUCCAUAUGGGCAUGUUUUUUAUUUUAUUUUUUAUUUCACCUUUAUUUAACCAGGUAGGCUAGUUGAGAACAAGUUCUAAUUUACAACUGCGACCUGGCCAAGAUAAAGCAUAGCAGUGUGAGUGGACAACACAGUUAAACAUGGAGUAAACAAUUAACAAUGUGUGGCCCGUUAUCCUGAAAGAGUUAACUGAAAACCAGCUGGAGAACACAGGUGUUUACAGUAUCUCUGUCCACUUGUGGAUAUCAAUUUGAGCCUCCAAGGCCUGGAAAUGUUUUAUACGCUUGCAGUCAGGGAAUUUGUUAUAGAGUGCAUAUAUGGUAUGUGAUGUAUGGAUUGGUCAUAAUUGAUCAUUACUUGAAAUGCAGAGCUUUGGUGGAAUUGUUUUUGUAGUGUCAAUGUAUUUUGUAACAUCAUUUUUAAUUAGUGCUGUGUGAUAUGACAAUUAGGCCUAAUAAUUGUCUGGUCACUCCAGCUGAAUAAUGAUAAUGUUGUGAAAUGUAUGGAUUCCUGAAAAGGUGACAUUUCAAAAGGCACAGAGCAUUAUGAACAGUAAAGAUGACUGUCUCAUGCAACAGAAUAGAAUAUAAAUCUAUUUUUAUUUUUUG